GGAACCAUCGUCGCGUACGGCCGUGCGUGUCACAUCGUCGCGUUUUCCGAGUGCGAUUGUUGAUGGUGAAAUUGGUUUCCGACCAAACCCCAGUAUGUAACCUGCUGCUUAAACGAACCGGGAAAGGCAUUACCAAGGAUACCAGUUUGGAAGCCAGGUUUCCAUCGCAGGUGUGUAAAACAGAGUAAAAAGUGACGUGUGAAAAUCGUGUGCUUCUUCUUCUGCUGUGCCAGCGACAACACAAAAACGCUACAGAGAGCAGCAACCGCGCGCCUGUAUGAGUGUGCUUCUGUCUACCAAAGUUUAAAAACGCCCGUUGCCUGGCAACCACACACAAAAAGUGCAGUGGCAAGAUGCAGCCCUCCUACCGUUCGCAAAUCGCAGUGCAACUUCAUCCCGUGCCGUGGUGAGGCCAUCUUUCCCACAGCCUGCGAAAACGAUUGAUUUUCUAGCCCUGUCAGAGGAGGAGAAGGAAAGAAAAAGAAUCGAACGCGAGCGCACAGCGCAAAACCGCGGCCAUUCGUCGCCACGGCAAAAGAAAGCAAAGCUUUUCCCCCGCUAGGGUCGGGUCGGGUUGGCAGGUCGCGCGUCGCGCUUUGCGAACCCACCCAGACACCCGCUCCACGCAAGGAGUGGUCCCUCCCUGAAGAGAAGGUGAAUCCGAGGGCCUAAAAGGGCCACAGUGCCUCUCUCCUGUCUGUGUGUGUGUGAGCACACGCAGGGAAAGAAGCGAAAGGAAACAACAGCAAAAACAGCAACAACAAACCCCGAAAGAAAGCCACCAGACACGCCAACAGCCAGCAGUCCCAACGAAACGUCGAGGCUCGACCCCGUCCGAACCCGUCGUCGUCGAGAUCAAAGAAAGCCAUCUCUCUUCUAGCCUGUGUGUGUGUGUUUGUUUACGUGCGUGUAAAUCUGUGUACCUCUGUGUGUGUGUAUGUGUGUGGCUGCUGUUGCUGCAAAGCCUUUGCCACGUUUUUUUUUUUUUUUUUGGUUUGUUCCUCCGAUCCAUCUUUCUCUUCUCCAUCUUCAAAAACCGGUGUGGUGUGCUCUCUCUCGCGUGGCGAAAAGGGCACACUGGAAGCGAAAGCCAGCCAGCCUCACAAGCACUGGCAGGGCCGUAAGAAAAGUGGUUAAAGAGGCCGAUUGAAGCCGAUUCCGAGAAAAGUGUCGACUGGUGGAGGUUUGCAUCGUGCGUUUUUGUGUGUGGUAGUGAGGCUUUGUCCUGAAAUUGUCGUCAAGUGUAUUUGCGGAAAGCCAAAAGGCAUGUAAAAGCCAAAAGCAGAAAGAGCCACCCCACCAAAAAGUCACAGUUUAAUGUGCGAAAAUUGCUUCCCACAACCCCAGCAGGCGGCGCCUGGAAAAGUAAAGCGGCCCAGUGAAUGUGUGUUGGUCUGUGGGUUGUGUGUGCGUGUGUGUACGUGAGAGUGUGUUUGCCAAAUUUUGCAUUUCCGUGCCCGCAACUAGCCCGGCAGCCGGUAAAGAGGAAAAGCGAAAAUUAAGAGCAUACAGAAAUUUCGUUUGGUUGUUUUAGCCUACACUUGUGAGUUUGUUCGGUGUGUUUGUGUGAGUUGGCAACGUAAGUGCGCUUGUGUCAAGUGCUUGGUGGUGAGAAUUUUCCACAGCGAUGUGGCGAUCGUUUUAUUUUUAUUUUCCCGCCGCCCAAUCGUCGGCCGGCAAACGGCAAUCGGUUUGCGGUUUUUGAUUGCGGAAAGAAAACACGGAAAAAUAGCCGUUGUUAGAAGCCCAGUGAAAGGCAAUCGUGUGUUGUACUAGCCAGGCGCGCUAGAGCCGCCAACCUUUUAACCUGACCAGCUUUUCCGCAACGCGCGAAUCAAAUCGGGUCAAACGUGGAAACGAAACAGCAGGAGAAAGGACGCUCACGAUCAAGCGAACGCUCCCUCUCCCCAUUACCGAUCACAACGAGUGGAAGGGUAGUGGCCCAGUGAGUUUGUGGUACUCCCUGCAGUUGCAGCUUCCCCCCCUUUUUUUGUCACGCGGCAGUCGCGGUGGAUUGGUGGUGUUGCUGUUGCUGCGCAGCCAGCAAGAUGGCGGCCACGAACCGGGCGCGGCCCCAGCCCCGUGCCAACAUCUCCUUCUUCUCGAAGAUCCAGGGCAAGAUCAGCGAUGCCUGCGCGCAGCAGAAGUUUCUCACCGACAAGAAGACGCUCGAGAAGACGUGGAAGCUGAUGGACAAGGUGGUGAAGCUGUGCCAGCAGUCGAAGAUGAACCUGAAGAACAGCCCGCCGUUCAUACUGGACAUUCUGCCGGACACGUACCAGCGGUUGCACCUGAUCUACUCGAAGUACGAGGACCAGAUGCAUCUGCUGCACUCGAACGAGCACUACAACAUCUUCAUCAACAACCUGAUGCGCAAGUGCAAACAGGCGAUCAAGCUGUUCAAGGAGGGCAAGGAGAAGAUGUUCGAUGAAAAUUCGCACUAUCGGCGGAACCUCACCAAGCUGAGCCUGGUGUUCUCGCACAUGCUGUCCGAGCUGAAGGCGAUCUUUCCGAACGGGCUGUUUGCGGGCGACCAGUUCCGCAUCACCAAGGCGGACGCGGCCGAGUUUUGGAAGACGCGUUUUGGCAACAGCACACUCGUACCGUGGAAGUUGUUCCGGUUCGAGCUAUCCCUGGUGCAUCCGAUCUCCUCCGGGCUGGAAGCGAUGGCGCUUAAAACCACCAUAGACUUAACGUGCAAUGAUUAUAUAUCAAAUUUUGAAUUUGAUGUGUUUACAAGGCUGUUUCAACCGUGGAAUACGUUGCUAAGAAAUUGGCAAAUCCUUGCUGUGACCCAUCCGGGCUACGUAGCUUUCCUAACCUACGACGAAGUCAAAGCACGCUUACAAAAGUAUAUCACUAAGGCUGGUAGUUAUGUUUUCAGAUUAUCCUGCACCCGGUUAGGACAGUGGGCGAUAGGGUACGUGACGCAAGAGGGCGAAAUCCUGCAGACAAUCCCGCAGAACAAGUCAUUAUGUCAAGCUUUACUAGACGGUCAUAGGGAAGGGUUCUACCUCUACCCGGAUGGCAAACCCAACAAUCCGGACCUGUCGUUUGCCGUGCAGAGCCCGCUCGAGGAUCAUAUCACCGUGACGCAGGAACAGUAUGAGCUGUACUGCGAAAUGGGAAGCACCUUCCAGCUGUGCAAAAUCUGUGCCGAGAACGAUAAGGACAUACGCAUCGAACCGUGCGGGCAUCUGCUGUGCACACCCUGCCUAACGGCCUGGCAGGUGGACUCGGAGGGACAGGGUUGCCCAUUCUGUCGGGCGGAAAUCAAGGGCACGGAGCAGAUCGUGGUCGACGCGUUCGAUCCCAAGCGGCAGCACAAUCGCAACUCGGCGAACGGCCGCCAGCAGCUACAGAACGACGAUCACGAUGACGAUACGGAGGACGAUUUCAAUAUUGCCACCUCAUCACUGCACGCGCUGAGCAACAGCAUGACGCUGGCACGUAACAACAACGACAAGCAAAGCCCGCACUCAUCGCCCCGUCUGCCCCGGCGCCAGCAGCAGCACCAACAACAACAACAACAACAGCAGCCACCUUCGUCGUGUCCACCGACCUCGCAGGCUCCCUCGGCGCCGGUCCUGUCCGGCAGUGACAUAUACGCGGCGGGAGGCGUCGGCCCCUCCUCGAUGCUGCUCGUCGGAAUGUCGGUCCAGUCGCCGCUUCCACCCACCGGCACCACCACCACCAGCAACAGCAGCGGGAACUUGGUGGCAUCGGCACCGGUGGCGGCCUCCUGCAACGCCUGUCCCGGAUCACACCCACCCUCCUCAUCCUCCCCAUCAUCCACCACUACGUCCUCUUCCUCCUCCUCCUCCUCCUCCUCCUCGUCCUCCUCAACAUCUUCAUCCUCUUCCUCUACCUCUUCCACGUCCUCUUCCUCAUCCACCACCAGCUCCUCCUCGUGCGCGUCCGGUGCAGCGGCAUCGACGGUCGCUUCCCAUCCCGCGCUCAGCACCCCGGCGGCCAUCGCUGCGGCAGUGGCCGCCUCGGCACCGCCGCUUGCCGCCGCCACCGUCUCGCACACGGUCAAUGGGGCCCUGGCGACGCACACCAACAUCUCGCUCAGUAGCUGUGGCACGGGCAGCACCGCCAACCCUACCACCACCACCACCACCCCUACCGGUCAUCUGGUGAAGUGUAACAAAUCUUCCUCCUCUUCCCUUCUACCGCAGGGUGGCGGAAGUGCCGCCUGUACCGGUUCGUCGUCCUCCUCCCACCAGCAGCAGCAGCAUCAGCCACCAACCAACCGGUUGAGUGCGCCGGUGGGCGGUGCCGCCGUCUCCGGCAACUCCCCGAGCAGCUACCUGAUCCUGAAGGCGCUGAACAAGGCACUGUCGAGCGAGACGAGCUGCCAGGGCGGCUCGAUGGAGUCGAUCUACCAGCACGGCUACCGGCAGUGCACAACGACACCGCUCCCCGCUGCCGCCGCGCAAAUCGUCGCCCGGCAUUCUGGCGGCAUCGGCCGCAUCGGACCAGCGGCAGCAGAAGCUGGCCGGCUGCAGCAGCGGGAGCAAUCGUGUGAGUGGAGCACCGCCUUCGUCCGUCUGCAGCAUCUGCAACCGAGCGCGCCCCGAACGCCGGGCCAGAUCAAUGGGGCGUCCUCGAUGGGCAAUCUGGCCAACCAUACGGCCGGUGCGCUGCAUCUCAGCCGCAGCUCGGAGAAUCUGCCAUCGUUGGCCGCGUCGCCACAUCCACCAGCGCCACCGCCCGUUCCCAAGCACCAGAACAUCGCGGUAACAUCGCAGGAGCAUCACACGGCGACGUGUCCCUGUUCGAGCUCCCAGCAGCAGCAGCAGCACCAGCACCAGCAACAACCUUCAUCGGCGAGUGGCGACCCUUUCGCGGCGGGCGACACCGCCACAGACAAGGUGAUCGUCGGGCCGGCGGAAACGAUCGUCGGCAUUAUCGAUACGCGGCCACCGGAGGCGCGCCACCCGAUCAUACUGAAGGUGGACGAAAAGGCGGACCAAAGCUUGAUACUGACCGCCGCCCUGACGCCCAACAACGUGUACCAGUUCAAGCCGACGAGCGCCUCGGUCAGCACCACCAGCCUGAACGGGUUCGUCACGGUGCAGACGACGAUCAGCGGCGAGCAGACGACCGGUGGCAGCCUGGAGUCAGCCACCGGCAGCACAACAACACCCUCGCUCCAGUACAAACCGGCCCCGGCACAACCGCAGCCAACGCCGCAGCGGCAACCGCAGCCCCAGCCGCGCACCCAGUUCACCCAGCCUGCUGCCGCACCGGCCGCACCGGGUUCGUCGUCUGCGGCCGGCGCCUCGAACAAUCACCAGCGGCACCAGUCGCUACCGGCCAACAGUGCAGCGGUCGGGGCGAAGAUCCUGCCGCAUCCGCCGUCGAAAUCGAUCACCUCGUCGCAGCUGGCCGCAUCCGCUGCCGGUGGAGGAGGACGAUCCGGUACGCCCUCCGCUGGGCAUCCGCUGCUGUACGAGAACGUUAAUCUCGCCUCCAGCGGGCCGGUAAAGGACUGCCCGAGUCAGCGGCAUGCCGGCGGCGGUGGUGGUAACAACAGUAGUAGUAGCAGCAGCAGCAGCAACAAUAACCAUUUGGCAAGUUUUAGUGCAGCGGGCGGUGGACCCCCAUCCCUCAGCUCGGCCCUCAACAACAACAACAACCCGAACGUGCCGUACGAGAACAUCAACCUCGAGUACAUCGCGCGGCUCAUGCAGGAGGGCUACUCGAAGGAGAACGUCAUCACGGCGCUCGGCAUCUCGCGCAACAACAUCGAGAUGGCGUGCGACAUACUGCACGAGUUUGUCAGCAAGAGCGGUGGCGGUUGAGCAGGGAAGAAGAAGGGCAGGUUAUAGCAGGCUCUCUAGCUAGGUGGAUUAGGAUUUUGUGAAAGGGAAGACAGUGUCAUACAUGUAACAGGUAGGUUCAAAGACACGAUUCGUGUGUGUACAUAGCUAGCGUGUAUCGUAUUAAGAUUAAUGAUACAGCGUUUGAAGUCAUGUGUGAGCGUGGAGUGUGCUAGAAUUUUCAAUUUUCCGUUAAAAGGAGCGCUAUCAGAACGCUUCAGAACAAUUAUACGCGCGUGUGUGUGUGUGUGUUCGAGUGUGAGUUUAGCGUAAGGAGUGUAUUAUCCUUUCAUCAAAUGGAAGCUUUAUUUUAGUUCCUUAGCUCUCGAGCGAGCAGACGGACGGUUUAGUGUUUACGUUCUUACCUUUAGAUAGACACAUGAGACAGGUCGAGAGGGGAUUUCCCCCUUUGUACAUCGAUUGUAGAGCUCUCUGGUUUUUAGUUUUUAGCAGUAGUAGUUCUGGACUAUUUCUCUGUCCCUCUAUGUGUAGGUAGGGUGUGCGUGUGCGUGCGCAAACAUUCCGGCGGUGUCGUAGAUGCAAACUGAUGCGCACAAAACGAAGUAUGUAUGUCGAUGAGAAAAGGAUAUCGGGGAACGUAUUAGCAACGGUACUGUAGACGGAAGACGGCGGUGCCAAAAGUAGCAAAAACGCGAGGCGCAGGUUUUCGUUUGAUUUAGAAGCAUGCAUCCAUAGUCGAUAUGGAUGGGUACAUAGUAAUCUCCACUAGUCAUCUGUUUACUGUCACCUUUCGCACGUGACGAAUUGUGAAGCGGAAGGAAUCCCAAAGCGAAUCUGAAUGGCGUACAGGAAGAGAGGGAGCACAUUUCUCAACCCGAUCAUAAUGUACAAGCUUUCGUACGUUGCUAUGAUAUUAGAAAACAUUUUAAUUUAUCUUUACACUCAAAAACAAGCGAGUUAGUAGACAACAGUUCUAAUGUAAUGUAUAUUUAAACAAAAAUAACAUUAAGACACAAAUGCUACAAAACAAGCACACGAACGAAAGAGAUUUGAAACAACACGAUCGCGGAGGGAGAGGCUUUUUCUGAUGCUGUGAGUUGAAUUAAAUGCAACUGCAUACGUUUGGCCGCAUACUGUACAGUACUGGACGCAUAUAAAACGCGAUUACUAAUUGAAUUGAACAAUUGUAAAGCAGUUUUAGAAGAAAAAAGUGUGUGUAUGUGUGUGUGUAUUAAUCCCGUUACCGCAGCGGCACACACUAUUUCGCACACAAUCGAAACGAAACCAAUCUUUCACCCCUGCGCUCCCUCCCCGACAACUUUUUGACUGAUUGGGAAGCUUUAAGCAAUAGCAAUUCAAAUUAAACGUUCGCUUGCCAUGUAAAAGUUUUCGAUAAGUAUAGUUCUUCUCCCCUUUUCUUCUCCAAGAACCCCCUCCCCCCCCCCCCCCUUCUUUUUUCGGCGUUAAAUUUAAGCAGGCGCAUCGCAAUCACACUUAUCACGAAUCACGCUAACGUUAAUAAUACUCAUCCCAAUGGAAUGGCACAGCCUAUUCCAGUUAGGAAAUAUAUAUGGGGAGGAGGGGAGGGGGGGGGCGGAGUUCAUUAUAAAAUUAUCCCACAUCCAGACAUUGUUCCCACUAAACAAAAAAAACAUUAUAUAGCACAAUGAGCACAUGUAUAACA